AGUCCCGGACAACCAUUCAAAGCCAACAGAGGGGAGCGCCCCGUCUCCAUCACCCGCAGCCCAGUGGCCUCCUCCUUCUCAUCGACCAUUCGUCGCAAGUUGUCCAGCGCGCCACAGCCCGACCACGACCCUCCAAGAUGGCUCCGAUCUGCGUCAAGACCGUGCUGAUCAGCGAGAGUGUUGACCCCCGCUGCAGGACCAUCCUGGAGGACAACGGCAUCCGAGUCACGGAGAAGCAGAACAUGAAGAAGGACGAGCUGAUCGCCGAGAUAAAGGACUAUGACGGCCUUGUGGUUAGAUCUGCAACCAAGGUAACAGCAGAUGUUAUCAAUGCUGCCAGCAAUCUCAAAAUCAUUGGCCGAGCUGGGACCGGUGUGGACAAUGUGGAUGUCGAUGCUGCCACCAAAAAGGGUAUUAUUGUGAUGAACACACCAAGUGGGAACACAAUCAGUGCUGCAGAGCUGACAUGUGCACUGCUGAUGAGCCUCUCAAGAAAUGUGCCUCAAGCUGCAAUGUCAAUGAAACAAGGGAACUGGGAUCGCAAAAAGUUCAUGGGCGCAGAGCUGUAUGGCAAAGUGCUUGGAAUAGUUGGACUUGGAAGAAUAGGAAAAGAAGUCGCCUCAAGGAUGCAAUCAUUUGGCAUGAAGACGAUUGGCUAUGAUCCAAUCACUCCACCGGAGGUGUCAGCCAGCUGGGGGGUGGAACAGAUGCUUCUGGAACAGCUCUGGCCCCAGUGUGAUUAUAUCACUGUCCACACUCCACUCAUGCCUUCCACUGUUGGUCUGCUUGGUGACGAAACGUUUGCUAAAUGCAAGAAAGGAGUGAAGGUUGUGAACUGUGCACGAGGGGGCAUCAUUGAUGAGGCCGCUCUCCUCAGAGCUUUGGAGUCAGGACAGUGUGGAGGAGCAGGACUUGACGUCUUUGUUGAGGAGCCACCUAAGGACCGCUCACUGGUGAGCCAUCCCAAUGUCGUCGGCCUUCCUCACCUGGGAGCGAGCACCAAGGAGGCUCAGGCGCGCUGUGGGGAGGACAUCGCCCUGCAGAUUGUGGACAUGGUGAAGGGCAACAAACUGGUUGGAGCAGUAAAUGCACAGGUUUUGUCCAGCACCUUCUCCCAGGAAUCUCACCAGCUGAUAAAACUCGGAGAGGCCAUUGGAGCUGUGCUGCAGUCAUGCUCUGCUUCUAAGAGACCGUUCGGCCAAGUCCAAAUCACUACCCAAGGUGAUAGCAUGAAGUCCUCCACCGGUUACAUGACUUCAUCAGUACUGGUCGGACUGCUGAAUCAUGAAUCUGGCUGCCUCCCGAACCUCAUCAAUGUGCUGAGCCUCGCCAAGGAGUCUGGAAUCACGGUCGACCAAGCCCACUGCGCGUCUGACGGAGCUGCUGAGUGUGUGUGUAAGGUGGAGAUCGUGGCCAGUGGCUACAGCUACAAUGCCGCAGGUUCGGUUCAAGGCGGCGUGCCGGUCCUGCUGGAGCUGAGUGGCAGUGUGUUCAGACAACCGGUCUCUCUCACUGGGAAUCUGCUGUUCUUCAAGGCCUCUGCGAGUCCUCAGCUCCUGUCCUCAGUGGCUGGACUGCUGGCCACAGAGGGAGUGGAGAUUGAGUCCUUCAGCGCUCCCUCAGACCGCACUGGCGAUCUGUGGUAUUGUGUGGGGCUGUCCUCUCUCCUGAAAGACCUCGGUGCCUUGAAGUCGUUGGUGAAGGAGGCCGCGCAGCUCGCCAUCUGAAGAGCAGCGGCAGAAACUUGCACAGUGAUGGAUAACGUUCAGUAUCUGAAAAUCUUAGCACGUUCAAUGAGUGUUUAAUAUAAUUGAUCUGUCUCGGUCUUCAUGUUUACAGCUAACAACUUGUUUAGAAGUUGUAGAACACUUGAACACUUCAAAACUUGCAUUCUGAUAACAUUCCAGUGAGGCGAUGGUUUACAAGCCCUUAGUUGUAGUGAAACUAAAUGAAUUGUCAUGUCAUCUUGUCAGUUUAUUUGACCAUUUCAAAGCAGAGAUGGUAAAAUUAAAAUACGCUUACUAAAAAAAUUGA